GUAGUAGAUUAUAUUUUUAUUAAAUUAUUCGCGCAAAGGCUUUAGUCCGUCUUUGUGCUAUGUCAUCAGAAGAAACGAUUUGUUCUUAUUUCUGAACAUUAGAGAUUUAGGACCUUUGAUUGAUUAAAGGAAGAAGAAGAAGAAGACGACUUGGGCGAUCAAAACAGUCUCUCUCUUGAUCUGAGAGAGAGAAGAUCCCUGUUUCUGGUUGUGAUGUCUCGGCAGAGUCAGUUAUUUACAUUGCUUAAGAGAAGGUUUCAUACACCGUCUCAUGAUGCCCCAACAGAAACCUUAAGAAAGAAGUUAGCUGAUUUGCAAAAAAGUAAGAAGCGAAGGAAUCCAACAAAGAACCAGUUUCUAGUUGAAGUUCCUGAGUCAAGAUCGUAUUUGGACACAGCAACGAUGCCUAUGUUCCUCGCCGUUGUUGGAAUUGCAUUGUUUGCAAAGGUGUUAAUGAUGAUCGAUGAUUCGAAAUCGCAAGAAAUGAUUGAACGCAAGAUAAAGAAUGCACCACCGGGGCAAGGCACAGUACGAAUGAUCGAACGUGAGGAGUGGGAUGAGUUUAGAGAAGUAAGACCAAGAACACCUUUUGAGUCCAAGCUUGCUCGCCCAAAUGCACAAAUAAGAACUGGAGAACCAGUGCGCAAGGAUGACUUAAAGAACUGGACCAUAGACGUGCUAACAGAUGCACUUGCACGAACCGAAGAAAGUGUUCGUCGUGGUUCCAGUUAGAUUUUCUUGAGUUCUCUUCUAUUCAAUGGGAGUUUCCUGGUUAAUACAUAGAUAUCUUGAUGAUGUUAGUAGUCAAUGAGAGUUUCCUUAGUUAAUAAUCACAAAACUGGAAACAACUCUUCUUUUGUAACGCUAUUUUACAACGAUCGGAAAAAUUAAACUACAGAGUAAAUCACGAUCGCGUUUUGGUAAA